AUGUCGACGUCCGAAGCUGCAGCUGCUGCUGCUGCUGGGACUGCGGCAGCGGCUCCAGAAGCCGCCGAGGUUGCCUACCACCUGAAGAGGAAGUCAUCUGAUAUAGGCUGGGAGUGGGGGCGUCUCUGUGAUCCCAAUGACAAGAACAGAGUCAAGUGUCUUCUUUGUGGACAAGAGAGCACAGCAGGAAUUUAUCGCCUUAAGCAGCAUCUUGCUCAUGUUGGCACAUCUAUUGUGAAGUGCCCAAAAGUAAGUGAGGAAAUUAAGCAGAAGUGCAAGAAGAAUCUUGAUGAAACAGCAAAGAAAAAGAAAGAUAAGCAGCAACAUGAUGCUACAAAGAAAAAGAAUCUUGAUGAAGCAGCAAAGAAGACAAAGAAGGGCAAGGAUGCUACAGCCACGGUGUUGAACAUUCGUUUUUGGAAAGAUGUGUCCCUUUGUUUGAAGGUCUUUGAGCCCUUGGUGAAAGUUCUACGUUUGGUUGAUGGGGAUGUGAAACCAUCUAUGGGUUAUGUGUAUGGAGAACUUCUCAAGGCAAAGAGGGAGAUCAAGGAGGCCUUUGGAAAUGUAAAAAAGAACUACAGAGAAGUGAUGGCUAUCAUUGACAAGAAGAUGAAAGAUAGGCUUGAUUCUCCAUUGCAUGUGGCUGCAUAUAUGCUGAAUCCAUACUAUAGUUACAGCAAUCCAGCAAUCUUCUCUGAUUCAAUUGUAGGGGGAAAAUUCAUGCUAUGUGUGGAGACCUUUUAUCAUGGUGAGGAUGAUAAGGAAUAUAGGGCUGUUAAUGAGGACUUGGAAAAAUUCCAAAAGAGACAUGGAUCCUUCUCCAAGAAGAUGGCAAGGAGCUGUGAACGCUUUGAGUUCAAUCCAGCAUCUUGGUGGAGGCUUUAUGGAGGAGGAGCACUAGAUUUGCAAAGAAUGGCUAUUAGAAUCCUCUCACUGACCUCUAGCUCUUCUGGAUGUGAAAGGAAUUGGAGCACCUUUGAACAGCAUCAUACAAAGAGAAGGAAUAGGCUGACAACAGAGCGCCUCAACUCUCUAGUAUUCAUCCAAUUCAAUAAUAAGUUGAUGUCCAAGAAGGAGAAGAUUACCAGAAAGAGUAACUAUGAAGUGCUCCUAAGUAGUGAUGCUUCUGAAGCUCAAGGAUUUUUCUUUGAGGGAGGGGAUGAUCAUGCAUUGGUUGUCUUUAGGGAUGAGGAAGAUGAGGGAGAAAUGCCGGGGACUGGGAUACCAUGGAGUGUUCUUGGAGAAGCAAUGGGAACUAAUGAACAGCUUCAACCUAGGAGGAGUGCAAGAGUGGCUAGAGAGGUGCAUGAAGAAGAGUGA